AUGUCCGACGUUGGCCGAGAAUCUUUAACCGACAAAGUCACCUCCGCUGCUAAGCCCGACUCCGAGAAAUCGUACGUUGAGCAGGCCACUGACUUCGUCAAGGGUAAGCUCGACGCUGCUGCCUCCGUCGCUCAACCUCAAGAAGAGAAGACCACCACCCAAAAGGUCGGUGAUGCUCUCUCCGGUGACAACCGAAACAAGGAUAUCGCCUAA